GGAAUCCUCCGAUGCCCGCGACCGCGACGCUGGGGAGCUACGGAGUUGGGUGGUCCGCAGGCUAUUCUACGACACGAGCGACACCCACCGGGCAGGUACGGUGUGGCAGGCCUGAACUUGCCGGGGAAGGGAGCGAGGUGAGAUGGAACGAAAUGUCCGAUGGGCGUGCCGCGGGCUCGGAAUCGCUCGACUGGAGGCUGGCGCUCGUCCGUGGGCGUAUUCGCUUGGAUGAAAGAAGUCGCUGCCUCGGCGUAUACCUGCGUCUUCCAUGUCGUGUAGCACGAUCGCAAAUGCGCAGGGCAUGAGAUGAGAGGAGAUGCCCGAUUUGUUUCCCGCGGGCUUGGUAUCCUCUCUUGCAGCCGACGACAAGCCCAUGCCGCCGUCCACGACGGGGCGCGCGCCGCGGGUAUUUGCGCGGAUGAAAUACCUGCACUGGACAUGCCAAGUUGUGUCAAGACCUUGAAUUCACACAAUUGCGAAGGGCAGCGCGAGCGUGCAUCGUACCCCCGCAGCCUCGGGAUCGUCCUUUCCCAUGCUGCCUCAUCCCAGCAAUGGUAUGCCAAUGCAUCCUCACGUGCCCCGCGGAUACAUCCUCGCUUGGAUGCGCUCACCCUCCCACCCUCCUCCUCAGCAUAUACCAGGCUUCCCUAUGUCGUGUGUCGAGAUCGCAAAUACCCACCCAUAGUGGGCAGCCUGUUCAUCCGGUUUCACGACUGUGUAUUAGGAAUGCAAGAGGAGAUGUUGUCAAGAUCCUAGGGGGAUUCCUUAUAUCGAGUACUAUAGCAGAUGGAAAGAUGGUUUUGCUCGUCGCCAAAGGGGAUAUCUAUCUG